CAUACUCACAUGCCCACACACAGACACAGACACACACAGAGAGAGAGAGAGAUACCUGACGUCACUGCGUACAGUACAUAAAACAAUUGGGGGAGAAACGAGAGGGUGCUAAACAUAAUGGCCAUUCAAUACAUCCAUAUGACAGUCAUCUGUCUUCUGUACUUUUGGACUAUGGCUUUAGCAGCUGAUCAACAAUGCAAGGAUUCGUAUGAGAAAGAUGGCAAAUGUUGUGAACUUUGUCCACCAGGCACAUUUUUAAAGAAGCAGUGCACAGCGAGCACCAAAACUGACUGUGGUGACUGCCCAGUGGGCUCCUACUCUGAGUCCAAUGACCUCUUUGAGGAUUGUCAACCAUGCCUCAAAUGCCAACACGGCUAUACAAGAGUGUGCACCACAACCGCUAAUACAAACUGUGUGUGUGGCUCUGGUUUCCUGUGCUCAGACCACGAAUGCUCAAAAUGUGAAAAGGAAAAGAUAUGCCGCAAGGGGGAGGAACUGAAAAGGACAGGUUCCAGGGAGUACACUUGGAAAUGUGUCCCAUGUCCUAAUAAUACAUACUCUGACACUGAACAUGGUCACUGCAAACUGUUGACACAGUGUGGUGCACAUGGACUUGUUGUGAUCUUCCCUGGGAACAAGACCCAUAACUCAAAAUGUGGCAUACAUGCGGCAGGAAACAAAGAGGACGGGGGUUCCAUUCAGCUGAUUCUGGCCAUUGGCUCCUUCUUCUUUACUGUCACUCUCCUGGCGUUCCUCACUCAUGCCUGUAUCAGGAUAAUCAGACACAAGAAGCCUGAAGCCAGUGAGUAGCCUACCACAGAUGAACUGUCCUGCUACAAGUAUUUCCAUCACUUCCCCAGAUAUAUGUGGCUGCCCGCUGUCAAAGGAGGAGAGUGGUGGCCAGCUCAUCCAGCAGGUUGAAACCAAGGACCAUGCCAGACAGAGUCUGCUGUCCUUUCAUCAAUGCUAAUUAUUAUUUCUACAGCUUUUCUUACUUUUUUGCACAAUUAAUACUUUUUUUUACUCUUUCUUAAGAAGAAUGAUAAUACUCAUGUAAAAUCCUGAUCAGAACAUUAAGUUCUCUCAGCUAUGACAAAAACAUGUAAAGAGGCAUCUUCUAAUUCCUGAUAAUAAAAAAUAAAAAAAUACGAAAUCAAUGCAAUCAAUGUCAAAUUAAUGUAAGUUCCAUUAACAAUGUGUAGGCUAUUGUGUCAAAUCACUUGAUUUUAUAAGUGGGUAUGAUAGCCUAUAAAAAGAGACCUUAUAACAAGGUUUUUACCUCUACAGAUCAUAAAAAGGCUUAUUCCUGUACUUUUUGGGUUUCAGAAUAAAUAAAUAAAUGUAUAAAAUGAC